ACUUCGCUCUGGAGUUAGAUUUGAUUUUGGAUCUAUUGAAAUCAAUGAACGUGUGUGUACAAAUGAAACGGCUGUCUUAUACCCGUGCCGACAACACUGGUUUGUAUAAUCGCAGAACCGGCUUCAUUCGCUUCCUAACCUGGUGUGUCAUGCUAUGUUAUAUCCCCUUCCUCUUGAUCUACGUAUAAGACUCGACGUUAUUCAUCAUUCAUCAACAAGAUGCAUCUUAUAAAUGCUUUACUUGGUUUUGUGAUGCCAUAUCUACAAUUCAUUCCAGUGUCAUCACCUUGGAUGGACAAGUGGGGUGGUGUUGCUUAUUAUAACCCGACUGCCGGAGGCGGAUCGAUGCUCAUCAAUGCUGGCGAUGGAGCCGGUGAACCUAUGAAUGUCAUCAUCUCUGGGCUUAGCUCUCCCGCUGUACUGACAUUUGACGGAGCUCUCAAUUUUGCCCGUGCUAUUGGAUUUUCUGAAGAAUGUUUCGGCCUCCACUUAGGUGGUCUUAUGCCCGCCGACUUGGGAGAUGGAAAUGGAUGGGUCAAUCAAACUAUUGAACUUCGCCAGGACUAUGGAAGCGCAGGAGGCGGAACAUGUCUCGAGAGCCUUGUCGGAGGAAAUCAUUUUCGUAUUUUUGUACAGAACGGCACUGCGGCAGACAGUGGCGCUCUCUUCCUAGCCGUGUCUCGAGAGGAGCCCUUAUCAAAACAUCAUGAUAUCGUGCCAGAUGGGUACAAUAUUGGCCGCGACCAACUGGUGUCAGCAGCAGUUGGUGAAACAUGGUUCCAUGGGGUCAAAUACAGUACCACCGCCCAAAACAUCACUGGUCUCCUCGCAGCUGGCUCUAAUGGUAUUAACCAUGGCAUCGCUCUAGAUGGUAUUGUUAAGUUGUUGACCGUUACGAUCGAUUGAGAAAUGACCUUUUCCCUGGAUUUCCUGAUUCUUUGCUCGUCUCAUUGACAAGUGAAGAUGCUGGAGUAGUAUAAUGCUACAAGUGCUGUG